AGUCCUGGUGUCCGGAUGAGGAAUGAGGAACAGAGUUAGAAGAAGAGGAGCUUGCGAUCAUGGCGGAUGAAACGGAGAAGGAAUCCAUGAGAGAGGCGUCGGCGGAGGUUUCUCGUGAGUUCAAAACCCUCAUCGACCUCCGCGAUCUCGAUUCCCUCAAGCAACUGCAGCACCUCAUCUUGGGAAGGUUGCAGGACAGCAAUGCGGUCCUCUCGCAUUUCAACGAGUACUCCGAGCACUGCUUCGCUGAGGUCUCCGGUGAUUUCUCGAGGAACACGCGCCUGUUGAAGUCUAUGAAGACGGACCUCGAUUACAUAUUCCAAAAGCUGAGGAGCAUGAAAUCAAAGCUUGUUGCUAUCUACCCUGAUGCAUUCGUGGAUGAUUCAAAAGAGGAAUUCAUCGACCGUCGACCGGACCUUGAACUGUCACAAUGAAGCUGUAAACGUCUCUGCCAGGGUCUAGCUUAUUGCAGUUCAAAGAUGAGGGAUUUUUUGGGGGGAAAAGCUUGUUGAGGCUUCGGAUUCGAUUCUAUCACCGUAGAAAUCUCGGUCAGUCUGUUCAUUUUCCCUCACUUGUACGAGGGGUGCAGAGCUUGUAUUGUUGAUCUAAUCAAUAAAUUUAUUAGUGAUUGCCGUUCCACGUCAAA